AUGAGCGAGUCAAGUGUGGAGGGAAACGAACUGUUCGACGGUGACGAUGAGGAGGUGAAGGAAGGAGAAAGCUCCCCCGAGGAAGGGGAGAAAACUGCAGCGGGUGCUGAUAAUGCUACUGAUGAUGAGGUUAACGACCCCGACAAAGGAGAAGUACGCAGAAAGAGGAAGAAGGAUGAUAAACACACAUCUCCAUACGUGGAUAACGAAGCGGAGGAUGACGAUGACGAAGACGAAGACGGGUAUGAUGAUGAUGAUGAUGACGACGCGAAGUACAGAGAAAGAAAGGCUAGUAGCACCACCAAGGGGGGGAGUAGUGGGCUCAAAAAAAGGAAGCUCUCGAAGAAGAGGUACCUGUCGACCUUCCUGGACACAGAGGCGCAAGUGGGAGACGAUGAGGAGGAGGAGUACGCCAGUUCCUACGUAGAUGAAUUCGAAGAAGCAAAAAAAUUGGAAAAGAAAAAAAUGUAUGAAAUGAAGUUGAAAAGUGGAACGAACCAUUUAGCGCAAACCAUCAACAAGUUAUCGCAACGGUACGAAAAUGAAAAGGAUAUAAAAGAUACCCUUACGGAUGGGGAAACACUAACAGAUGAGGAUAUGUCAGGAGAUGAGGACGAGUACUUCGAUGAAGGAGAAUGCUUGACAACGUUUGAUAGCCCCAAAAUGUGGCUAAUCAAAUUGUUCAAGAAUGGAGUGGAGAGAAAUAUAGCUAUGGGAAUUUAUUACAAGUACAUGAAGUUAAAAGACAAUGACUUCAACAUUAAGGGAGUCUACGUUUCAGACAAUCUGAAAGGAUAUAUAUAUGUCGAGGCGGAUAGUUUGUACAUGUUAAAAAGGUUUCUUUUGGGGUUCAAGUUUAUUAACCUAAAUGAGAUGACCAUUGUACCAGUGCAAGAAUUAACUUCCAUUUUUUCUAUGUGCCACUCCAAAGUUAUUAUACCAAAGGUGAAUGAAUACGUUCGUAUUAAGAGGGGAGUUUAUAUGAAUGAUAUAGGGCAAAUAUUUGAGGUACACGAAAAGGGUAUUUAUGCCAUUGUUAGGCUAAUCCCAAGAAUCGAAUAUGAUAAAUACAACCAUUCUAAAAAGGGUAAUAACACCCACCUAAGUUUGACUAAUCCGAGCAUGAGUAAAGGAGCCUCAUCCAUGUUCGAUGGACAGAGCGGGAAGAAUGAAUCCUACUACCAAGGGGAUAAUAAGCUAGAGUUGAAUAAUCAUGGUAGCAGGGCUAUCAUCCCCGCGGGGGGGAUGGUGGGAGGGGAUACGAGAAACGCUGGAAUGAUAAAUGGACAGUUGGAAAUGUUAGACGAAGCGCUACAAAUUAAGAGGAAGAAAAAAAAAGAAAGACCAUUAAAAAAAUUAUUCGAUCGAGAAGAAAUAGAACAAAUAGGAGGAGUCAUUGAACAUGGACCUUACCCAAGAACGAUAAAAUAUCAAAAUAAUAUUUUUGAAGAAAAUGGCUACCUACUAAAAAAAAUGAACAUAAAAUAUCUUAUAUCCGAAAAUGCAAAUAUUACCUUAACGGAAAUACGAGACUUCAAUAAAAAUAACAGCAAUGAGGAGGAUAUCAAUCUCCAUGUUAGCAAAUCCUUUAUUAAUAAGAAUUCUCUACACCUGUUUAAGAAGGGAGAGAGAGUGAAAAUUAUGAAGGGAGAAUUGUAUAACCUUAUAGGGACCAUAACAAAUGUGAGUGAUAAUGUGUUAACCAUCAAUCCAGACAAUUUAGCGAAGAACUUUAAAUUCCUUCCAAGUGAUGUAACCAAAUAUUUCCUUGAGGGAGAUAACGUAACAGUUAUCAAUGGAAUUCAUAAGGGUAAGAGUGGACUGAUUUCAUUGCUCGAUUAUAAAGAAAAUGUUGCUCUUAUUUUUUCUCCUUCUUUGAAUACCGAAUUUCGUUCUUCCAUUCAAGAUCUCUCUGCCUGUGAGCAUAGCAGCAGUGAAGGGCUCGGUGGAAUUAAUUCCCUUAACGGGUUCUCCAUCGGUGAUCUCAUAGAAUUGAGUGACAGACAAAUUGGUAUAUUAACAUACAUCGAUAAGAACAAACAUAUUCGGGUGCUAACAAGCCAUAAUACAACUUUGCACACCACAAUUGGAACCAUCACGUCUAAACGAUCUGCCAUUGGCCAAGUGUGCAAAGACGAAAAUGGAAAUAUCAUCCAGGCUAAAGAUAUCAUACAAGUCGUGCGAGGGAUUCACAAGAAUAAAGUUGCCGUGGUGAAUUAUAUCUGGAAGAAUAAAGUGUUCGCCAAGAUUAACAAGAAGAUUGAGGAUAACGGCUUUGUCGUCAUGGACAGCCAUAACUGCAUACUCACUGGAAACCCGAAUGAAAAGAAAAGAAUUGUUACACAUAAUAAUCUGUUCAGAGCAAACACCAGUAUAAUUCCCAGAAGGAAUAAUACCUACCAAUCCUUCAUUGGAAAAACCGUGAAAAUUUUAAGUGGGGUUUAUAAGGGCCUCCUUGGGGAUGUAAUAGAUGCCGAACGGGACGAGUUUACACUCCUCUUGAAGAUCAAGCCUAAGACCAUAAGGCAGAAAAAAAACGAAUGCGCCAUUGCCGACUCGUUCAAGGAUCAUUACACCAUCACGGAUGAUAGAUAUUACAAGGGAUCAGGAGGGGCAUCAGGGGGAGAGGUCCUGGACAACUCCUCGAGGUGGAGAAACAUUAGUGACAGAAGCCCCAGGUACGAUCGGGUCGGGUACGACAGAAUCGGAUACGAGUCCUCGCUCUACGGUGAAAGCGCAAGGAAGAGUGCUGACUGGCACAGGGGUUCUCACAGUGGAAACUACGAUGAGGAGCGAUGGAGGGGAAGUCACCGCCCACCUGAGGGACACACCCCCGAUCACAACCCAGACAGGAGUGCCGCAAAAGGUGCAAAUGGUUCAAAUGACAUAAACGCUUCUUCCCAUGCUGCACCGUGGAACCAAUCGAACGGGUGGAAAGGAACGAAUAGCAGCCAUCAGCACCCGCCCCCUCCAAUAUCGUAUGACCAGAAAAACUUCAACGGAAACUGGUCCAAGACUUCACACGAAAAUCAUUCAAACAGUAACAACACCAGUUAUAACUACCAUCACGAUGGCAGAGCAAGUCAUCCGACUCAUUUUAACGAACCACAUAGCAGGGGAGAAGGAAUGAAUGAAGGUAGCAUAAAAAAUGCCACCAGAAAGAACAACAUGGCAGAAGAAUUUAUGAAUGGGCAGUACGAAACAGGACCCGGCUCCCACAAUUUGAAUACCGACCAAAGAUAUAACGAUAGUCUGAGAAGAGGCGGUAAAAACAACACCUCCUCCAAGGGGCUAGGAAAAUGGGAUGAUGUCCAAAGCACUGGUGGCAUAAAUGGAGGGGUGAGCAAUACUGGCUUCACCAGUGCAUCUAAUUUCUUGGAGAUGCACCGAGACAAGAACAAUGAAGACAAGGCGUCUCCACUUUGGCUAGUCGAAGGAAUUAUGAUAAAGGUGAUAACACCGGGACCCUUUUACAACGAAAUUGGGAGAGUCACAGAGGUGAUGAAGAAGAGCUUGUACACCAUACUAAAAAUAGCAACCGAAAAAACGUCCUUUAGCAUCGUAUCCGACGCUGUGAUUCCUUUGAAUCCAAACAAAAUAAAUGAAGAAGUUCUUGUCGUGGAUGAGGGAAAGGUCGUCGAGGGUAUUGUUGUAGACAUACAGAAUGAUGAUAUCCAGGUGAAUACCGCGCAGGGCAUAUUUACUUACAAUGUGAAAAAUAUUUUUUUGUUUAAGAAGCAGUUUCCAUGA